CGUCCGGGGGGCAGUGAGGAGUAGGACCUCACCGAGCACCUCCAAAGCCAUGGCCGGACACCGAAAGGAGAAGGUGAUCCCAGAUGAGGUCCAUCAGAACCAGAUCCUGCGGGAAUUAUACCUCAAAGAGCUUCGAACCCAGAAACUCUACACACAGUAUCACGUGAAUCCCCUCCGCAAGGUUCACACAAUCACCAGAAAGCCCAUGUCUUGGCACGAUAACCUGGAGGAACCUGCAGAUGCCAGGUUUCUAAAUCUUAUCCACCAUGCUGCUCAUGGGCCAAGGAAGAAAUACACAGAGACACAGACUGAAAGCCAAGAAAUCGGAUGGGACUCAGAGCCCUUGGUCAGCCCGGAACGUGACGACCGCAGGCUGAACCACUUCAGGGUCUACAACGAUAUCACCCUGUUCAAGGCUAAAAUGUGGAGCUUGGGAGAGGAUGAUCGCCACAAGUAGUCCUCCAGCCGUGACGGCGGCCCUGUCUUUAACACCCAAUUUGUGUGCUGCUCGGAUCAAUAAAGAUUACUUUCAAGCCUCGG